UUUUUAGGAGUUGUUGGUGAUGUGAGGCAUACUGUACAAUGACUGUUCCGCCUCUCUGGCUAAGAAAGCAGGAUGACAAUCUCCUGCGUCUCAGCAAAUGGUAGUGUCUCCACUUUCGGUGAUUUUCGCUCUUGCUAUGGUCCAGCUAGGAGCAAAAGAACGAACAAAGGAGCAGAUCAAUCGGCUAAUUUCGUAUGGAGUCGGCAAUGAGGCUAGCGUAAAAUUCUACUCGGAUCUUUCAAAAAAUAUUACAAACUAUUCGGAUGGGGCGCAAGCCAAAAUCGCAAAUGGAUUCUUUUUG